CCGAUUCUCAUUAUAUAGGAAAAAAAAGAUAUAGGUUUCCAUGGAUUGAUUGAUCACCAUAUUUUCACUAGGAUGCCGCUGCGCCACCAACGCACACUCACCUUCAUUAUCUGACCUACCAAAAAGUUACAGAAAACAAAGAAGAAAAUAAAAUUGAGUAAUUAAAAGCAUGAACGCCGCCGACAAAGAAUCGCAGCUCCCGUCCCCGCCGCCGUACCACGGGCACGGGCACAGCCGGCAGCGGAACCAGUUCCGUAAGCUGGCAUCAGUGGCCUACAACACGCUGUCGCAGCCGCGCGCGUACAUCACCCUCCUGGUGCUGUCCUUCACGGCGGGCUACCUCUCCCACUCGCAGGUGGUGCAGCCGCUCCUGUCGGAGGAAAUCGGCGACCUGGCGGAGCACAACACGUUCCCGAGCCGGUGCUCGGAGGCGGUGGCGACGUCGGCGACCAGGCAGACGAUCCUGGAGCACGUGCACGGGGGGGUGUCGCCGUGGGAGGGGUUCCCGCCCCCGCAGGUGCGGCCCCUGCUGUGGAAGGACUGGAACAAGGGAUGGGACUCGAACGCGGGCGUGUUCGAGCACCUGAUCGAGCAGGUGCAGCCGAAGGUGAUCAUCGAGGUGGGGACGUUCCUGGGCGCGUCGGCGACGCACAUGGCGCGGCUGACGCGGCGCAUGGGGCUGAAGAGCCUGAUCUUGUGCAUCGACGACUUCCGCGGGUGGCCCGGAUACUACGAUCAGGAGAAGAGCGCCAAGAUGCUCAACGGCGACAGCAUGCUGCUCUACCAGUUCAUGUACAACGUGCAGAAGGCCAACGCCACCGACUCCAUCCUCUUCCUGCCCUUCUCCACCAACACCGCCCUCAGCGGCCUCUGCAACUGGGGGGUCUACGCCGAUCUCAUCGAGAUCGACGCCGCACACGACUUCCACUCCGCCUGGCAGGAUAUCAACAACGCCUAUAAGCUCUUGAGGCCCGGGGGAGUGCUCUUCGGCCAUGACUAUGCAUGGGAUGGCGUGCGCAGAGCCGUCCACUCCUUCGCCAAGCUCAACGCCUUGCGGGUCAAGCUCGACGGCAAGCACUGGGUGCUCUACUGACUCCUUUUCAUCAUCUUUUCUUUUUUCUUUUUCUUUCACCUACCUAAUGCAACUUUUACUUGUCUGCAAAAUCCUUCCCGUAAUUUUGUUUCCAUUUAUUUUUAAUUAAUUUGACCGCCUCUGCUAUAUGAACAACAAUGACAUAUAUAUGAUUUUAUUCAUUUCAAACUA